AUGCAGCUCAAAUACAAAGUGGCCACUAGUUUUGAUAGUAAAGAAUAUGAAGACAAGAGGAGACCUGAAGGAUUAACUGAACUGGAAGUGAAAGAAAAGGAACCAGUUGUCCAGGAGGAAAUAGCUAAUCUUCCCACUGAUAACUUUGCUGGCAGAGAAGUGGGUGACAUAGACAUGCAAGGCCUGCAAGGUGCAAUAGUUAAAAGUGGCAACUUAACCCCACGCACAGUGUCUGAGGCUGAGGAUGAUGUGGAUGCACUGGAUAUUGGUGAUGCUGUAGGACAGGACACUAAUGCCCCAACAGAUGAUUCUCAUAACCCUGAUAAUCAGACUUUACUGAGAUUGCUAGAUUAUGGAGAGAAGAUCAGUCACAUGUUCCGAUGUGCAAGAAUACAAGGUCUGGAUACUAUAGAAGGUUUGCUUUUGUUUGGUCGAGAGCAUUUCUAUAUUGUAGAUGGCUUCACGCUACUCAAGUGUCGAGAAAUCAGAGACAUUGCUUCUCUUCCAGAAGGCACUCAUGAACCUAUAAUACCUUCUACAAAUCCUUCCCCAAGUCUUGAACACCACUCAUGUUCCAAAUUUAAUUAUGAUGAGAUACGAGAAGUGCAUCAACGAAGACUAAUGAUGGUUUGUACAGGCCUAGCCGAUAAUGCACAGCAGUCUGUUGAGGGUCAGAGGCGAUCAGCUAGUGUUGAGCAAGCUGGAGGUCUGUUUUCUUCUAUAAUUGGAGAAACUUCAGUUACCCAUAGAUGGGUUCGUGGUGAGAUCAGCAACUUCCAGUACCUCAUGCAUUUGAAUACCCUUGCUGGACGUUCCUAUAAUGACCUGAUGCAGUAUCCCAUUUUCCCUUGGGUACUUGCUGAUUAUGCAUCUGAGGAACUUGAUCUGACUAAUUCAUUGACCUUCAGGGAUCUCUCUAAGCCAAUGGGCGCUCAGACACCAGAAAGGUUAGAGCAAUUUGAGAAGCGUUACCGGGAAUGGGAUGAUCCAUCAGGAGAAACGCCGCCUUAUCAUUAUGGUACUCAUUAUUCUUCAGCCAUGAUUGUGUCCUCCUACCUUGUACGAAUGGAACCUUUCACACAACAUUUUCUCAGACUGCAGGGUGGCCAUUUUGACUUGGCUGACAGAAUGUUCCAUAGCAUGAAGGAAGCCUGGUAUUCAGCAUCCCGCAAUAACAUGGCUGACGUCAAAGAGCUCAUCCCGGAAUUUUUCUACUUGCCAGAGUUCCUUUUGAAUUCGAAUAAAUUUGACUUAGGUUGUAAGCAAAAUGGUACACAACUUGAUGAUGUUGUCCUUCCUCCAUGGGCUAGAGGAGAUGCAAGAGAAUUUAUACGCCUCCAUAGGGCUGCUUUGGAAUGUGACUAUGUGUCGGCUCACUUGCACGAGUGGAUUGAUUUAAUAUUUGGUUACAAGCAACAGGGUCAGCCUGCCGUAGAAGCAGUUAAUGUCUUCCACCAUCUUUUUUAUGAAGGGAAUGUUGAUAUUUACAAUAUUGACGACCCACUUAAAAAGAAUGCCACCAUUGGAUUCAUCAACAACUUUGGGCAAAUUCCCAAACAGUUGUUCCGUAAACCCCAUCCAUGUAAGAAGAUGUGUGGUCAGCGUACAUCCAUCAUUGAUGCAGGACCUCUAUCUCAGGCUCCAGCUGUUACUCCCUUGGAGAAAGUCUUUUAUCAAAAUCUAGACAAUUUGAGACCCACCAUGCAUCCUGUCAAAGAAGUGAAAGGUGCAGUUGGCCAAAUUAUUGCCCAGGAUAAAGUGAUUUUGGCUGUGGAACAAAAUAAAACAUUAAUUCCAAACACCUACCAAAGAUACCUCGCAUGGGGCUUUGCUGAUCACAGUCUUCGUAUUGGGGGCUAUGAAAGUGAACGAGCAGUCCUUGUUUGUGAAACACCACAGAAUGGUGAGAUCUUGGCUGCAGUAUGCCCAAACUACAAAACAAUCAUCACUGCUGGAACCUCAUCUGUGGUUAAAGUUUAUGAGAUCAUCAAACGGCAGUGGGUACAGAAAAAGUGUCUUUAUGGUCAUAAUGAUGCCAUUACAUGUUUAGCAGCCAGCAGUGCAUAUGGAUUACUUGUGUCUGGGUCUAGAGACCGUACAGCAAUUAUUUGGGAUUUGGCCCGGCUAGUUUAUGUGCGACAACUUAUCUCACAUGAAGCUCCUGUUGCUGCUUUAGCGAUUAAUGAACAGACUGGAGACAUAGCAACUUGUGCUGGGACAUGGCUCUAUGUUUGGAGUAUAAAUGGUACCCCUAUAGCUUCUGUCAAUACAGCACUAGGUGCUCAUUCCCCUCUUCAGCAAAUCUUAUGUGUCUGUUUCUCAACAAUGUAUGAGUGGGAUGCGGGUAAUGUCAUAAUGACUGGAUCCUCUGAUGGAGUAGUAAGAAUGUGGGGAAUAGAGUAUGUCCAAGUACCAGCUGAUGAAGCCUCAGAAAACAACAACUCUUCAGACAGUAAUGCUGAUCAAGUCAAAUCAAGCACUACAGACAGUGCUGGUGGACAAGCUGACAUAGAUCUACUCAGUGGAUCAGGAGAGGAAUUACAGAAGAUGAUGGAAGAAUUGAAUAGAGAAAGAAAGCAGAAAUGUAGGACUGAAAAUGAUAUGAGUAAAAACCAAGAUAAUGUUCAAUGA